AUGAAGGUCUCUGUGGCUGCCCUCGCCUUUGUCCUCACCACGGCCUGCUCCUCCCAGGCCUCCAGUGAGGGAAAGGGUUUGACAUUGAGCCCUCAUAUGACGAUCAGCUGCUGCUUCAGCUACAGAUUCCGGAAGAUCCCACGCAACGCAGUGGCUGAGUAUUUUGUCACCAGCAGCAUGUGCUCCCAGCCAGCUGUAGUAUUUAUCACGAAGAAAGGCCAUGGAAUUUGCACCAACCCCAAAGAUGCCUGGGUUCAACAGUAUGUGAACGACCUGAAACGGAGCGUCUCCAGGGACACACAAUGGUGA